AUGUCGUCCUGGCUUCCGAUCUCGAAGACGUCACCUUUCUCCUUACAGAAUAUCCCCUUUGGUAUUAUAUCAAUUGGCCAUCAUGAAGUGAAAGUACCUGCUGUCGCAGUGGGUGAUCAUGUCCUGGACUUGAAUGCAUUUGCUGCGGCAGGAGGCUUUGAUCAAUUGUCAACUAUUCAGCCUCAUCUACACGUCUUUCGCCAAACAACCUUGAACGAAUUUGCAGCGCUCGGCCGGCCACAUCACCGGGAAGUGCGCCUUUACUUGCAAUCAAUCUUCCAUACAGACACACCCUUCCCAGGUCUUCUCAAGGACAACCAGGCUGUCCGGGAGAAGGCACUUCAUCCUCUCUCUGAGGUCACCAAUCAUAUGCCACUCCGAAUUGGGGACUAUACCGAUUUCUAUGGCUGUAUGAACCAUGCAGUCAAUGUAGGAACUUUGAUGCGAGGCCCAGAAAAUGCUCUUCAACCUAACUACAAACAUCUCACCGUUGCCUAUCACGGCCGAGCGUCGUCUAUUGUGGUUUCCGGUACCCCUAUCCAGCGCCCCAACGGACAAGUCCUACCGGAGGCCGAGCCAAAGAAACCUCAACUGUUACCCUGUGGAAAAUUAGAUAUUGAGUUAGAGCUUGCCGCAUUCAUUUCGACUUCAAACGAGCUGGGCAAACCUGUGCCUCUUGGCCAGGCUGAGGAUCAUAUUUUCGGAGUGGUACUAAUGAAUGACUGGUCGGCCCGGGAUAUUCAGGCUUGGGAAUACGUGCCCCUUGGCCCAUUCAAUGCCAAAAAUUUUGCGACCACGAUAUCACCUUGGGUUGUUCUCAUUGAUGCUCUGGAGUCGUUCCGUACCCCGCUCUCAAAGCCUGACGAUCGCAACUCGCUCCUUCCAUACCUGCGCGAGGAAGGGCACAAUGGAUUUGAUAUACAUCUGGAAGUUGAACUUACAAACCGGGAGGGAGUGUCAACAAUUGUAUCCCGAACGAACUCGAAGAACCUUUUUUACUCGUUCAACCAGAUGCUGGCUCACCAUACUAUCGGCGGAUGCAACAUGAAACCCGGUGAUCUCCUCGGUAGUGGCACGAUCUCUGGCACCACACCUCGGUCAGAGGGUAGCCUGCUCGAGCAAACAGGUGGUAAAAUACCAAUCCGGCUUCGAGAUGGAAGCAAGAGGUUUUUUCUCGAGGACGGAGACACCGUUACUUUUCGUGGAAUUGCCGGAACAGAAGGCAGCUAUGUUGGCUUUGGGGAGUGUACGGGAACAAUCAUGCCAGCUAUACCGAUGGAGAUUUGA